CUCUUAUACUGUUGUAAUGUCAUUGAUUUACACUACAAGCAUCAGAAUUUCACCACAUUGUGUAUUUUUGCUCAGUCUGGGCCUCUGAAUAAAACAUGUUUUUCCAUAUUCUCACUAUAGCAUAUGAGCCAUAAAAGCCUGAUGUAUGAAAUUUCAUAUUCAACAAAAAAAGUGAUUUUUUUUAAAAUUUAGAUUUCAAUAAACUGUUCCAUGUCAAAAUAUGACAUUUUCUGACUAUUAUUUCAUAUGUCAGUCUUUACAGGGUUAAUUAUGUGGAAGUGGGACCAUCUAGUGGUUAAAGUGUAGAACUACAUCUCUGAGAUCACCCCAGUAACCAGAUUGAAUGGAGGAAAAUUAUCUUACCGAUUACUUGUUUCUAGUCCCAUGAUGGAAUUUUGUUUCAUUCAAUUUGUUUUUUUUUUUGGUUGUUUGUUUUUUUUUAUUUAAAAAGUGGGUGAUUUUAAGCUAGCAUGUGUAGGCUAUAUACCAUCUGGGGGAUCCCCUAAAACCCCUUUACCGCUGUUACUCAAGUUAUGUUUUGAAACCAUUAGUAAGAACAGGGCCAUGUGCUCACAGUACAGCUUACAGCACAGAUCAAUCUGCAAAACUGAACACAAUAUACUCACCCUGAUACCAGUCAUUCAUAUGUUUAUCUAAAUCAUUAUGUUUUCUAACAAUGGCACCAUGAGUAGCUGCUCAAAAACACACUACAAUAGACAGCACAAAGUACAUCUCUACAGAAGAGGUGCACAUCCUACACAUGAUUGAGACCUAUAUUUUUGAAGGAUGUGGUUGCUACUUGCAGCUUCCUGUCGUGCUCUGAGGUACGCAUGAGGGCAGACAACCAAAAACAUCUUUGACUUGGAGAGACUCAAGAUGGUUGUUGUGUGAUGUUUUUAGUUUGGGUAGGGGUUUUGAUCACUGAAUGAGACAUUGAGGACCACCGACAGACUGAAGGGACUGGGAUUUCUUAAGGAGUUGGGGUGAAUUUAAAGGGAGGGAGCCAUGACCUCCCUCCUGAUGCGUAUCUUUCGGUUGGGUGUGGAGAAAAAGCGAGUUAGGCACUACGAAAACCUGAAGAGGGAUGUGGAUCCACACCAAAUGUGGGAGACUCUGGGAGAACUGGGGGAUGGAGCUUUUGGGAAGGUGUAUAAGGCUCAGAAUCAGACUACAGGGGUCCUGGGAGCUGUUAAAGUGAUUGAGGUGCGCAGUGAAGAGCAGCUGGAUGACUACAUGACUGAGAUAGACAUCCUAGCAGCCUGUCGCCAUGCAAACAUCAUCACCUUGUUGGACGCCAUCUUCUUUGAGGGCUGGCUGUGGAUCCUGAUUGAGUACUGUCCUGGAGGAGCUCUGGAUGAUAUCAUGUUGGAGCUGGAGCGCGGCCUUACGGAGCAGCAGAUCAGUGAGGUGUGCUGUCAGACUCUACAGGCUCUGUCUUACCUGCACCAGCAUUACAUUAUACACAGAGACCUGAAGGCAGGCAACAUUCUGCUGACAAUGGAUGGACAGGUCAAACUAGCUGACUUUGGUGUGUCUGCAAAAAAUGACAAUACCCUUCAAAAACGAUCAACUUUCAUUGGAACUCCAUACUGGAUGGCACCUGAGGUGAUUAUGUGUGAAACAUCAAAGGACAAUCCCUACUCCUCUAAAGCUGACAUCUGGUCAUUGGGAAUCACUUUAAUUGAGGCUGCUGAGAUGGAGCCCCCUCAUCAUUCUCUCAACCCUAUGAGGGUCCUGCUGAAGAUCACCAAGUCUCCACCACCCACACUCUCCAAUCCUCGCCAAUGGUCAUCACAUUUCCAAGAUUUUCUACGGAGGACCUUGCAGAAGAACCCUGAGGCUCGUUGGGGUGCCCAACAGCUCAUGGCUCACCCUUUCUCUUAUGCGGGACGAGAAGGGCGAGCCCUUAAAGAACUCGUUGCUGAGGCCAAAGCAGAGGUCACUGAGGUCAUAGAGGCUGAGUCUUUGUUAGAUCUCCAGUGUCCUGUGAAGGAGACGACUGCCACCGAGUCGGAGCAAACAGCGGCACAACCAGUACAAGCCAUUGAAGAACAAGGACCACCAGAACCUGAGACCCCUCAGAAGACCUCUGUUCCAGAUGCUGUUCCUCAGUCUCCCACCAACUCAGAGCCAAAACCUGACUUUAAAGUAACCCGCAGGGCUUCCCAGGCCACAGAUAAAACUCAGAAGAGGGCAAGACGCCUUUCUGUUCCAGGAAAUCUGCUCUCAUUUCUGACCGGGAACUCUCGUCGCAAAUCUGGAUUCUGGGGUGACAAUACACCCGUUCAAGGAACUAAAGACUCAGAAAAAUCAAACGCUGCACAAACUUGCCCUUCAGAUGGCAAUGAAAGUAAAAGCACUGACAAACCGAUGGAUAAAAUAUCUGACUUAGUUGAUUCUCCAAGUAUUAAGGUUGCUGACACCAAAGACGAGGAAGCUAGAGUAGAAACUGUCAAGGAGGAAGCUCAAAACUUAAACCACUCAAGCAAACCAGAACAAACACAGUUACCAACGGAUUCCUCUGAAAAGGAAACACUAGAUCUUAGCAAGGAGGAAACUGACGCUGAUGAAGAAAAAAAUGGCAACGUGAAGUCUGUUGAUUCUGAAAACAAUGACCAAACAUUUUGGAAAUCCCCCCAAAUACCUGCUAUUAUUGACAAAGACACAACACAUCCACAGAGCACACUGGUUACAGCUUUGUGUUUGGAAACACCACUAGCUAAAAAAACUGAAAGGAAUGAGGAAAAUUAUAAAUACAAUUACCUUGAUUUGGCCUGUCCUUUGAAAACUUUAAAUUCUCCUCUUACAGUAGAUAUAAACAAAAGCUUAACUGUUGAGAUGACUUCUAAUAAUGUUCCUGAAGAAGUUCCUGACCUUAAGAAAGCACAACAGACAACUGAACCAUCAGAAAAUGACACUGUAAAAGAAAAAACUGAGGCAGAAAUAGAAGAACCAGCAGAACUGAAGACAGAUGGAGGAACAGGGGAUGAAACGAAAGAAGAAAGCUGUGAAAAUGACAAGGAUGUCAGUGUAGGGAUAGAAGAAAAUAUAACCACCAGAGAAGAUCACAUUAUCACGAAGGAUAGAGUUAUAGAGUUUGAGGAUAACCACGAAGAGCAUAUUACUACUGAGGUAGGCCAUGAAGAUGUCAACUCAAGAAAUGAAAAGUCUGAGGUAGAGGAAAGCUGUGAAAAAGACAAGGAUCUCUGUCCAGAAACAGAGGAAUGUUCAACCAGCAAGGAAGAAGUUACCAUGGAGGUUGGUCAUGAAGAUGUAGACUCAAGAAAUGAAAAGUCUGAGGUAGAGGAAAGCUGUGAAAAAGACAAGGAUCUCUGUCCAGAAACAGAGGAAUGUUCAAUCAGCAAGGAAGAAGUUACCAUGGAGGUUGGUCAUGAAGAUGUAGACUCAAGAAAUGAAAAGUCUGAGGUAGAGGAAAGCUGUGAAAAAGACAAGGAUCUCUGUCCAGAAACAGAGGAAUGUUCAAUCAGCAAUGAAGAAGUUACCAUGGAGGUUGGUCAUGAAGAUGUAGACUCAAGAACUGAAAACAGUGAGAACACCAGAGAAUUUGAGGAGAUGGAAACACCAACCCAAAAUGAGACAACAAAGAUCAUUGAUUCACAGACACCAGAGUUGUCAUGUCAAAAUAAAGAAGAGAUCGAUUCUGAUGGUGAAAAGAACAUCAUUGGUAAUGAAGGAGAUGCUGUUGGAGAUCAAGAGAGAACAAGUCAAACAGAAAUCUCUUCUAAAGAAAAAGAAGAUGGGAUAGAUUCAGAGGAACCUAAGCAAGAGCUUCAAACGAAUACAGAUAGUACAACGAAUGAUGUUGCUGGACCAAAGCUGAAAAAGCAAGUGAUGUUUGCAGUUCAAGAGGACAAAAACGAGCAAGAAAGGCCACAUGAAAAUGGCUUGAAAGAUUUAGACUUAAUACUACCACAUGAAUCUAAUGGAUCCACACCUAAGGAUUCUAAAGAAGACGCACCUCUUUCUCCUACCGAGCCUCCGCUGUCUCCUGGGUUUGAAGGGGAAUUGCACCCAAGCAGACGAACCGUUAAAAAGACACGUAAAUUUAUGGUGGAUGGUCGUGAGGUCAGUGUCACCACUUCCAAAGUGGUUAAUGAAGGAGACAGUAAGGAACAACAAAUGCGCUACAACAGACGGCAGGAGCUGCACGCGUUGAAGCUCUUGCAGAGAGAAGAGCAGAGAGAACAUGCGCAGCUGGAGCAGAAACUACAGCAGCAGCGAGAGCAGAUGUUCCGCCACAUAGAACAAGAGAUGACCAGCAAGAAGCAGUACUAUGACGGUGAGCUUGAGAGACUUGAGAAACAGUACCAGCAGCAAAGCAGUCAGAUGGAGGCUGAGCACACCUCCCGGCUCAGGGAGGACGCGCGGAGACUCAAGGCCCAGCAGGAGAAAGAGCUGAGCCGCAAGAGCAGCGCACUGAAAGCGGACCCCAAAGAGGAGCAGCGGUUCCUGCAGAAGCAGCAGCAGGAGCUGAAUGAUGCUCUGCAGAAGGGCGUUCAGGAACAUAAGAGGAAGGUGGCGUCCAUAGAGUGGGAGAUUACAGUCAAAUCUCAGCAGCUUAAGCGAGCUCGCGAGGCAGUAAUUUGGGAGUUAGAACAGCGCCAUCUACAGGAGAAGUACCACCUAUUCAAACAGCAGGUGAAGGAGCAGUACUCCCUACAGAGACAGCAGCUGACUAAGAGACACAACAAGGAUAAGGAGAGAGCGUCUCGGUUCCAGCAGGCUCUUCUAGAGGAGCAGAAGUCAUUGCAGGCCCAGGAAAGAGCAUCCUUCCAGAAGGCCCAAAAAGCUGAAGCAAAGUCCCGUUUGAGUCAGUUCAAAAUGGAGCUCAGGAAGCAAGGUCUAAACGGCCCUGAGCACCGGCAACGUCUCACUCAGUUUUUGUCAGAGGAGGAAGCCAGACAGAAGCAAGAGAGACAGAGUCUUCAAGAAAGUCAUGAGAACCAAUUAAAAGCGGUUCAGGAACAAUGUGAAGCCAGUACAGUUGAACUACAGCAGCUUCAGAAUGAGAAGCUCCAAGUUCUUGUGGACAUGGAGAAGAAAAAGAUCAAAGCCCUGGAGGACGAGCACACCCUGGAGCUCAACGAAUGGAGAGAUAAGCUUGCAUGCAGAAAAGAGGUGUUAGAGGAAGAUCUAGCUCGCAGACGUAGAGAAAAAGAAGGAACCAGGAGACGAGGCAGUGAGCCAGAAAACCGACAUGCAGCUCGCCGUCCAAAGUUCUUCCAUAAUCUAAGCUUUUCCUGACAAAGUGAAGAAAUACACUAAACCCCAAUGUUUUUAUAUACAGUAUACUGUAUGUACACUAAUGUUCAAAAGUUUGGCGUCAGUAAGAUUUUUUUCUCAAAAAGUAUCACAUUUUCCACAAAAAUAUUAAGUAGCACUACUGCUUUCAACAUUGAUAAUAAUAAGAAAUGUUUCUUGAGCAUCAAAUCAGCAUAUUAGAAUGAUUUCUGAAGGAUCAUGUGAUUGGAGUAAUGAUGCUGAAAAAUUAGCUUUGCCAUCACAGGAAUAAAUUACAUUUUAAAAUGUAUUAUAAUUGUGACGUACAUCAGAGUGAAAUGGAUUAUCAAAAAAGAAAGAAAUGCACGGCAGGACUUGGUAGGUUCUAUGCAUGAGUUGUUGAGUGGACAGAGGCAGAUCUGAAUGCGAGCUUUUAGUAAUUUAUUAAAGAAAGGGGCGGGGUUUAAGCAGACUAAAUUGUUGGAGAAGUCCAGCAUACAUCACCAAUGAGAAGUCUGUUGUUUUUUUAACUUGAAGAUUGAUUUAUGACAUUUUGAUUAAGAAUUACUGCUGAUAAUUAUUAAUUAUUAAUUAUAUAAUUAUUAAUUAAAGAAUUAUUAAAAAAAAAAAAAAACUUAAAAAAUAAACAUGCAGGGAAUUGCAUGACAAUGACAUGCAUUUAGAAAAUAGAAUUUCUAUUACAUACUUUAAAGUGUAAUAAUAUUUCACAAUAUUACUGUUAUACUGUAUUUUGAUCAAAUAAAUGCAGCUUUGGUGAACAUAAGACUUUCAAAAGCAUUAAAACAUCUUACUGAACUCAAACUUUUGAACAGUAGUGGAAGUAUGUGUGUUUGUAUGGGGCUAGAUGUCACACGGGGAAGAUACAAUUAGUUCAGUUUUCAAAUACAGAUAAAUUGUGGAAGAGGGCUAUUUACGUAAUAUUUUGUUUUAGAUAUUUUUUCAUUUUUCAAAAUUUGUCCCAUUGUGACAACUUGUUUCAUUUAGUGUGACAGCAUGCUCCACUAUCAAAGUUUGUUCAAUUAAUUAAUCAAUUUUUUUUAAACAGAAAUUGACUUAGAUAAACAAACUUAUCCUAAGAAAAGAAAAAUCACUGGAGUAAACAUGACAACUAUAUACAGUAUAAAUGGACAUUUGGGUUUCGGUGCAGAAGUUUAUGUAUUUUUGUAAAUAUGAAAAUUUAAUCUUAUAAUAUCUGCUUAGACAUAAUUCCUCUGUAAGUGUAUUUUAUAGCCUGAAGAUGAAAAUUAAUAUGUAAAUAAACCUUCAAACUAUUUUAGACAAAGAGUCUAUUCAGAUUAUA